AAUAAAAUAAGAUUACGUUUUUUGGAUUGAAAUAAAUCUUUAUUUAAUAUUUAAAAAAUACCAAUUAAAUAAAAAUGAAUUUUAGUAUUGAUAAAACUUAAGAUUUUAAUAAUACCUAAUCUAAAAGCAAGAAUAAUAAGAGAGUAUAUAGAUAAAAAUUAUCUAUUUCAGAUCGUAUACAUUGCUUUGAUUACAUUUCUUGGUCUGCUCUAGUUUUAGUGUUUACAUCAAUUUGGUAAAUAGCUAUUCCUUUUUCUUGGGUUGACGCUGGUACAGAAAAAUGGCUAGGAAUUGUUUCUAUUUUUACUUUAAUUUAUUCAUUUGUUCUGCUUGCAUGGUCUAAACACAAUCACUCUACUCAUAAAGAAUUUUAUGCGAAAUCACUUCUACAUCAAAGAUUUAAAGGAUAAAAUUCAAAUCCUACAAGCAUUCAAGAAUUGAUUAGACCUAGCACUCUUUUGGACUUUUAAGAUCUUGAUAAUUUGGAUGAAGAUGAAAGUGAUAUUGAAAUAUCAGGAAUAUCAUUUGCCAAGUUCUCUUUUAUCUUAUGUUUAAUACUAAUAAUUUUUUUAAGUGGCUUGUUAGUAGGUAACGAAAUAUUUGAAGGCUAUUUCAAAGCAAUAGAAGAAGCUAAUAAUUUAUUUUCUGGAGAAAAUGAUAGCUAAAAAAUGACAUAUGUAUUGCUGUUAUCCUAAACACUAUGCACUCUUUUAUCGAUUAUAAAUUUUUUAUAUAUUGUCUACGAAAUAACAAGGCUCUGCCUCUAUCCAUUUGAUUUUUCAUCAAAUGUUAAUUUCUUUUUUUGCACUUUCUGUUGUGUUUCUAAUGUGUGCUUUUUAUUCCAUAUGUAUCUUUAAGAUUACAUAAAGGUUAAAAAAGUUGAGACUCUGUAACACCAAGGACUUAUAACACAAAUAGGGAUAAUUAGUUUUAUUUCUGGUUUGUCCACAUUUUUUUUAAUGUUUUAUAAUUUUUUCAAUACGAGAUCAAAAAAACCUAAUUAAAGCUAUUAUGUUUGGUUUACAGUGAUCUACUUUGUUGUUGGAGGUAUUUUAUUUGCAUAAUCUCUUAUCAUAUAUAUGGAUGUAAAAAAUUCAUAUAUACAUUUGAAUGGUAACUGUAUUUAAGAUGUGAGAGAUUACUCAAAAACAUUUCUAGAAUCAAUUGGUUGUCCUUAAAAGUAUUUUUAGACUAAAUAUUUCAAAAAUGAGAUUUAUGAUAUGAAUUGUAAGGAGGAGAAUAUUGGAUUAGUCUGGGAAGAUGACUUGCUAAAGGAAAUAAGCUAAAAGAAAAAUAAUAGAAGCUGUUUAAAUGUAAGUUGCUGCAAACUUAUAGGAUAGUUUGAUGCUGUUUAAUUUUGGACUUUUUUAAUUUUAUCUACCAUUCUAUGUUCAAACUCAAUGGUGUUAUUCUUUUUUUGUUUAAUAUUAUAUACAUACAAAGAUAAAUAGGUGAUCAGGUUGACAACAAAAACUCUGAGUUCUAGCAGAUUUGCUGUAUUUGUUCUUUUUAUACUUAUAUUUGUCUCAGUUUCAUCUCUAGCUUAUAUUUUUGUGGAUUUGUAAGAUUACACCGUACCUCCAAAAAGACCUGAAAUCUCAUUUAGCAAAAACUCUACAAAUUUAUCAUCACACAAUUAAAUUUUUACAAAAUUUUAUGAUCUUUCAAGGAAUUAGCAAAAUUAAUUAGCACUAAACCUCAGUUAGAAUGGCUCAAAAAAAUAAGUUUAUCAGGAUAUUAUUCCUCAAAGUAAAAUAAAAGGUUGUAGAAAUGUUAUAAACUACCUUGAAUCUAAAAUAGAAUUUAAAAUAAAUGAAUCGUAACAAUGCAAGAAUACCACUUAGUCUUGUAAUGUUAAUUAAGGAUAUUAAGUUUGCUUAAAUGGUACAAAAGGUUCUUUUUCUGUAUCUCCUACAUUUUUGAGUAAAACUGUCAGGAUAAAUAAUUUUAAAAUUUGGGACCCUUAUAGAAUAAUAAAGGGUAAAGAAGGGUAGAUAUUAGAAGACAGCAUUUGCUUUAGUGCAAUAUAAAAAGAUUGUAAUAAGUUUUUAACAAACCAUCUUUACUUUUGUGUUAAUGAGAAUAUUUAAGAUAGUGAUAUCAAAGGAAUGGUUUAAUUGUAAUCCAUAUUAGAAAUAUCCCUGAAAUUUCCUUCUAUAUCUGAUGGAGUAAGUAUUUUAAAUAGAUAAGAAAUUGAAUUGGAAGAAAAAGAAAAUGAAAUUUUAAAAAAAUAACUCGUUUUUAAUCACCACGAGAAAAAAAAAGAUGAGAAAAAAGAAACUAAAAAAAAGGAUUUAAUUACCAUCUAUUAGUAAGGAGAUAAAGACUGGAUUAAUUUAGUUAUUACUACUUUUGGGGCAGAAAACGGUAAUAUAUUAAAUGAAAGUGAAAUUCUUGUUUAUCCUGAAGCUUAUGAUUGUGAAUAAAUCAACUACAAAUUAAAUUUUCCAAUCCGUAAACAGAUUACAGAUGCAAACGGAUAGUCGAUUAUAUACAAUUUACCUUGGGGCUAAACAUAUGCUAUUCAUUAUCACCAUGAUGAUUAUUUGAUGAAUUGUAUAGUUGUUAAUUCAGAGAGUGUAUCUAGGGGUAGUUCUUUUCCUAUUUAAGCUCCUUUAGCUUAUAAAUUUAAGGAUAGGGAAACUUUUAAAAUUCUUUUGUCUUGGUCAACACCAAUUUUAUCCUUAAGAAUAAGUGGAACAUUCAAUUUUGGAAACUAGCUAUAAUGCUAAGCUGGCUUUUACUAACCUGAGUGUGGGGGGAUGAAAUCAUAUAAUUCAUAAAAAUUUCCAUCUUAAGUUAUUACUUUAGAUGAUAUUGGCUAAUUUGAAUACCUGUUUUAUGUUGAACAUCUCUAAGAAUAUAUAAAUCUUAGAAAUAUUUAGGAUUUUGAAGAAUUUGACCUGAUGAAUGAAGAUAAAUAGCACCUAAAAAUGCUGAACUAAUUAUUUUAUUAAUCUAAUGCUACAGUUAAGAUUUAUGUUAAGGAAAGGCCUUAACCUGUGAGUGAGUAUAAAAUACCACCUUUUCAAAUGAGCUAAUUAACUAGAAAAAGGCAUCCUAUUUGGCUUACUCUCUGUUUGGAUGGGAAAGUUGGACCUAUAAGCCAGACACCGCUCAAUAAAUAUUGGGAAAAAGUAGAUUAACCUUUAAAUUAUUGGUAAUCUUAAAAAGGAAGUUAGUCUCUUCCAGAUUCAAGCAUCUGUAGAAAAUUUUAUGAAAGCAAAUAAAAAAAGUUGUGAUAAGUCUAAAUAUUUUUAUUAAUAUAA